GAGGGAGAGGAGGGGACGUGGGAGAAAGUUUGGAAAGGAGUGACUGGAGGCAGAAACUGAAUGAGAGGGACAGAGCUUAGAGGUCUUGGAGGAGAGGAGGAUACUCAGAGAAAAAAAGCCUCUCCAUCUUGUGCAGCUACAGACCGGGUCCGGAGCACUUGUCUCUCUUUCUCUCUCUACGCAUAUGGCUUCUGGGCUUUCUGAGUCUUAAUCUCCUGGUUGUGUGAUAAAGCGCCUGAGUGGAGGUAACGGGUCCUGAACAUGAGGCGGCUGAAGGAGACGGUGGUCUGCGCGAUAGUACCGCUGCUUCUCUCUCUGUGCGCCACAACGACGCAAACAGCUAAUCUGAUCGAUGUAUUACGGGUCCUGGAGCUGUCUGAAGACAUGGAGGGAGUGUCAGUCGAGGCCGGUCUGUGCACCGAGAGAAAGGACACAUCAAUAAUAGACAUGGCUUACAGGAUAGACAAAAAGAUUCAACUCAGCGCCCCAACUAAACAGUUCUUUCCAGAUUCUGCUUUCCCUGAGAACUUCUCUCUGAUGACUACGGUGAAUGCUAAGAAGAACUCUCAGUUCUUCCUGGUGUCUUUGUAUGAUGAUCAGGGAGUCCAACAGCUGGGGCUGGAGAUGGGCCGAUCACCCGUAUUCCUCUAUGAAGACCACCGAGGCCAGCCGGCUCCAGAGCUCUACCCUAUUUUUAAGAAAAUCAAUUUGGCUGAUGGGAAAUGGCAUCGGAUAGCCUACAGUGUGGAGGGCAAGUCUGUUACACUCUACCUGGACUGUAAGAAGGUGCAGACGUUGGAAUUAAUGCGCGGAGACAACCCUGUGGUCAGCACUGAUGGAGUCGUUGUUUUUGGGACACGGUUACUAGAUGAGGAAGUAUUUGAGGGCGAGAUCCAGCAGCUUCUGCUCGUGGAUGAUCCUCGGGCUGCGGCUGACUACUGCCAAGAUUACAUUCCCGAUUGCGACAGCCCUUUGCCCUACAGUACCCAGAGCCUGGAUCAUGACGAGGCCAAUCCCAUCCAUAACCUUGAUGACGUCAUGCAGGGAGACGAGCCUGCAGAACCAAAGAAACGCUCCAAAAAAGAACGCAAAGGCAAAAAGAACAAAAAAAAGAGAGACAAGAAAGGCAAAAAAGAAUCUCGUAAGAAGAGAAAGGAGGCUGAAGCUCUUGAAGAAGGUUUCCUUGAGGUUUCGUCUAAGCUGCCGGAGUAUUUGGCUCACCAAGGAGCUUUACCAUCUUCAACAGAGCAACCGAAUCCACCUGUGACGGAGCAGCCCAAGUCACCAGUACAAUCUCCAACAAUAACAGUGGAUCUGAUGGACUCCAUACCCGACAUGCCCACUCAUGAACCCGACACCUAUCAAGACGAACACACCAGACCCACUACUGUGACAGAUCUUGAGGACCAGUCUGUAUUGGCAACUGCAUUUUCUGAAUCCCCAAAUAUGGAGGUGGAGGAGGAGAGGCCGAUUAAAACACCAGAGGUCGAGGAGUUUAGUGAUGACCUUUAUGGCGAUGAACACAAUGAGCUCUUGGUUUCUGCAGUGACAGUUGGCCCCAAUAUCACAGGCUAUGAGAUCAUGGACUUUGAUGAAUUUAAAAACGGCUCGGACAGCUUUGAGCAGGAAUAUGAGGAAUAUGAGAUUUAUGAGGACCGAUUUGACCACGCAGCGAGGGAGAAGCCGGGCACAUGGGAUGGAGAGGGCAUGCGAUUUGAGAAAGGACAGAAGGGAGAGCCAGCUGUCGUUGAACCAGGCACAUAUUUUGAAGGACCUCCUGGCCCACCAGGACUACCAGGUCUUCCAGGAAUUCCUGGCAUCACAGGCCCCCCAGGACCCAGCGGAGACCCAGGUGAUAUGGGUCCGGAGGGGCGUCCAGGGCUGCCCGGUGCUGAUGGGAUACCGGGUCCUCCAGGCACUUUGCUCAUGUUACCCUUCCAGUAUGGAGGAGACUCUCAGAAGGGACCUGUCAUAUCUUCUCAAGAGGCGCAGGCUCAAGCCAUCUUACAACAGACCAAACUAUCAUUGAAGGGUCCUCCAGGUCCAUUAGGUCUCACAGGGAGGCCAGGUCCAGUGGGUCUUCCAGGUCCCAGUGGACUGAAAGGGGACAGUGGAGAGAAUGGGCCUCCAGGGCCACGUGGGUUGCCAGGUCCUGCCGGUCUUAAUGGGAAACCUGGGAAGAGGGGCCGGUCAGGAUCAGAUGGAGGUCGAGGGGCUCCUGGAGAGACAGGAGCAAAGGGUGACAGGGGCUUUGAUGGACUACCUGGUCUUCCAGGGAACAAAGGACAUAGAGGAGACAGGGGAAAACCUGGACCCCAGGGUCCACCUGGAGAGCCCGGUCAUAAGGGUUCGGAUGGGCCUGUUGGACCAAGAGGGCAACCGGGAGAACCUGGGCUAAGAGGACUUGUGGGGCCAAGAGGGCCACCUGGUCCACCUGGGCAGCAGGGAAUUCAAGGCGUCGAUGGUGUUCAAGGGGCAAAGGGCAACAUGGGACCCCCUGGCGAACCUGGACCUUCAGGUCAACAGGGAAACCCAGGCAUACAGGGUUUUCCUGGUCAGCAGGGGCCUAUAGGUCUGCCAGGAGAGAAGGGCCCCGAGGGCAAACCUGGAAUGCAGGGCCUUCCUGGGAUUGAUGGUCCUCCAGGUCAUCCUGGAAGAGAGGGACCCCCUGGGGAGAAGGGACACCAGGGUUUAUCAGGAGCACAAGGGCCGGUUGGAUAUCCCGGGCCCCGUGGAGUGAAGGGCGCAGAUGGGGUGAGGGGACUGAAGGGUAGCAAGGGGGAGAAGGGUGAAGAUGGUUUCCCAGGGGCCAAGGGUGAAAUGGGCAUUAAAGGAGACAGAGGUGAAAAUGGGGCUCUUGGAAAUCGUGGCGAAGACGGACCAGAGGGGCCGAAGGGUCAGUCAGGACCCCUGGGAGAGCCUGGACCUGCGGGCAUUGCUGGAGAAAAGGGCAAACUUGGAGUUCCAGGAUUGCCUGGAUAUCCCGGCAGACAGGGGUCCAAGGGAUCAGUGGGCUUUCCUGGAACAGCUGGGGUGGAAGGAGAGAAGGGAAAAAGGGGACCUGCUGGACAGGCCGGUGCUGAUGGUGAAAGAGGUCCAAAUGGUUCACGUGGGGGAAGAGGAGCACGAGGACCGACAGGGAAGCCAGGAGCAAAGGGCUCUGCUGGUCAUGACGGCCCACAAGGUGCCACAGGAGAGAGAGGCCCUCAAGGACCUCAAGGACGCAAUGGAGAGGCUGGGCCAAAGGGACCAAAUGGCCCUGCGGGAAAGGACGGGUUGCCAGGUCACCCAGGCCAACGGGGAGAACCAGGAUUUCAAGGAAAGACGGGUCCCCCCGGGCCUGCAGGAGUGGUUGGACCACAGGGAAAAACUGGGGAGACUGGCCCCACUGGUGACAGGGGACACCCAGGUGCCCCGGGACCCCCUGGAGAGCAAGGUCUGCCAGGAUCUGCAGGCAAAGAGGGAACCAAGGGAGAUCCAGGCCCCGCAGGGCUUCCCGGGAAGAGUGGUCCUGCUGGUCGUCGGGGAUUCAGAGGAGAAAGAGGCUUACCUGGCACUCCGGGUACUGCUGGAUUGAAGGGUGGAGAGGGCCCCCCUGGUGUUGCAGGACUAAUUGGUGCCACAGGAGAGAGAGGACCCUCUGGGCCUGCAGGUGCCAUUGGUCAGCCUGGUCGUACAGGAGGUGUCGGCCCCCCUGGACCAAUGGGAGAGAAGGGCGAGCCGGGUGAGAAAGGUCCGAUUGGCCCGGCUGGGCGAGAUGGAGAACAAGGGCCUGUGGGAUUACCUGGUGCUGCAGGGUCACCUGGUCCACCUGGAGAAGACGGAGAUAAGGGGGAGACAGGAGGACCAGGGCAGAAAGGCAGCAAAGGAGACAAAGGAGAGGGGGGUCCCCCAGGGCCGCCUGGGAGCCAAGGACCUGCUGGACAGCCAGGUUCACCAGGUCUGGAUGGAGAACCAGGGCCCCGGGGACAGCAAGGGAUGUACGGCCCAAAAGGUGAUGAAGGUCCACGUGGAUUUAAAGGGGCGACUGGACCAACAGGAUUGCAGGGAAUGCCAGGACCCCCUGGAGAGAAGGGAGAGAGUGGCCAUGUUGGAUCUUUGGGCCCUCCAGGACAACAUGGUCCACGCGGCCCCCAGGGACCCAUUGGAGGAGAGGGUCCUCAGGGCAUGCCGGGCGGAGUGGGCCAGCCAGGAGUGGUGGGAGAAAAGGGUGAGGACGGAGAAGCAGGGAAUCCAGGAAAUGUGGGUGAAACUGGCCCCCCUGGAGAAAAAGGUGACUUGGGUGAGAAGGGUGAUACCGGCCCCUCUGGGGCUGCAGGUCCCCCAGGAAUCAGAGGCACACCUGGAUCAGAUGGACCCAAAGGGAACCCAGGUCCCCUUGGAUUUCCUGGAGACUCGGGAUCCCCUGGAGAGCCAGGUGCUAAUGGUAUUGAUGGUGGACCAGGAGCUAAAGGGGAUAAUGGCGAUCCCGGUAACCCUGGACCCCAAGGAGCCUCAGGGGAGCCUGGCCCUCCAGGGCCACCGGGACGGAGGGGACAUGUAGGUCCUGAGGGAAAAGAAGGGAAACAGGGAAAAAAGGGGGCAAAGGGUUCUGCUGGUACAGAGGGUCCAAUGGGGAAGAUAGGGCCUGUCGGACCACAGGGACACCCUGGAAACCCUGGUCCAGAGGGUUUGCGUGGGAUUCCAGGCUCUGCUGGGGAGCAAGGGUUAAACGGUCCCCCAGGGCAAACAGGACCCCCAGGACCUAUGGGGCCAGCUGGAUUACCAGGACUGAAAGGAGAUCCUGGCAUUAAAGGAGAUAAGGGUCAUGGUGGGCUUAUUGGACUGAUUGGACCUCCAGGAGAGAUUGGAGAGAAAGGAGAUCGAGGCCUGCCAGGAAAUCAGGGAGUACAAGGCCCCAAAGGAGAUGGUGGAGUUGGUGGCCCCCCUGGCCCUACUGGCCCACCUGGACCCCCUGGGUUGUCUGGUGCAAUAGGUGAGAAAGGAUCUAAAGGAGACCAGGGAGCCAUCGGUGCAAGAGGAGAUCCAGGACAUGCUGGCCCACCUGGACCACCUGGCCCACCAGCCACCAUGAUCGAGCCACUGCCAAUCAGAGAGGGACGUAAAAAGGGAAGGAGACAUUCAAACCGACAAGGAGUCGGAGCCAGGGCAGAGACUGAAGAGGAGGAAGUAGUCCAGCUUAACAUGGAGGAUUUUCUACAGGCAGACGAGUCUCUGGAUGACCCAGAAGGCAUGGAGGAGGUGUUCGCUUCGCUCAACUCAAUGAAAACAGAGGUGGAGCUCAUGAGAAAACCACUCGGGACCUUCGAGAGUCCUGCCCGCACAUGCAAGGAGCUGAUGUUGUGUCACCCAGAAUACAAAGAUGGUGAAUAUUGGAUUGACCCAAACCAAGGCUGCCAUCGAGACUCCAUCAAGGUUUUCUGUAACUUCACCGCGGAGGGGGAGACCUGUCUGCACCCCGAUAAAAGAUUUGAAACGGUGAAGUUGGCCGCCUGGAACAAAGAAAAACCGGGCAGUUGGUACAGCCAGUACAGAAAGGGCAAACAGUUCACUUACAUUGACACUGAUGGAAACCCAGUGCCCGUGGUCCAAUUGACCUUCCUGAAGCUCCUCAGUGCCACAGCUACGCAGACCUUCACCUACAGCUGCCAGAACUCCAUCGGCUGGUACGAUGUGACGAGCCACAGUCAUCAACAUGCCGUGCGGUUCCGCGGCAGCAACGACGAGGAGAUGACGCAAGCCGAAUCGCCCUUUAUCACGUCACUGUAUGAUGGUUGUCAGACACGUAAGGGUCAAGAGAGGACCGUGCUGCAGAUUGACUCUCCACGAUCAGAGCUUCUUCCGCUCAUAGAUGUAGCAGUAUCGGACUUUGGGAAUAACAACCAGAAGUUUGGAUUCCAUGUUGGAGCAGUGUGUUUUAAUGGCUAACACAGAGCACCUCAUCGCAGGACUUACCACAAGUGAUAUUUAUUGCGUAAUAUGUAAACCUUGGGUUUGUGGCAUGUUUCUAAAUGACUUUUGAACAUCUGAUGGGUUUCAAAAGCCCUCAGUUCCAUGGUUGCAACACAAGGAUGCCAACCAGGAUGAACUAAGCACAUUUAUCAAAGGGAAGUCUUUUUAUCUCGUUUCCUGCCUGUCUCUAUACUCUACUCACCUGUGGAUUAAAUUAUGAGGCGUGACCCACUAGAGUUCCGAGAACUGCUCCGGCUGAAAAACCAGUACAUCAUUUGUCUGUCAUCUACGCCACCGAGCGUUCUAGCCCAAAGCAUAUAUGUUGAAUUUACAGCCCGUGACACGGAUCUCAUUUUUGUUUGUCUCAUUUGAUAGCGAUGAUUUGAAAUUAAUUUGCCACUUGAGGGAUCGCCUUCGACAUUGAAGAGUAAAUAUUUCUGAGACCCAUUUUCCUGCCUUGACUGCAAUGUGAUGCCAACUGAGGCGAAGUUAUACCUCUUUACUAGUUUUGACAAGAAAAUACCACCCUGAUCUGUUUGUAAUUCCUCGCUCGAAUAUUUCCUGUCACAUCAAACUUGCAGUGUUACUCAUCUUUAAUCAGUGUACGCUCAUACAUAAACAAUGUUAAAUAAGGCCCAAGCUUUUCAAAACGCAAAGCAGUUUAUGUGCAUGACUCAAAUGGAGCCCAGCUGCUUAUUAAUAUGUAAAGUAGUCCGCUCACUUAAGCUGCUUGUCUUGUUAGCGGGCAGCCUAGUAUGUUUUCCUGUCAGUGAUCCAUGUUUCCAUGGUGCUAGCGUAUCAACCUUUGCUCCACAUGGCUCAAUUGCUUCAUAUUUGAAUGAGAAUUGCUGUGUUAGAUUGGGAAAGAGGUGUCAUAUGAGCAUUACACUGAAGACUGACUAAAUUAUGCUUCUUUUUGAUGUAAACUCAUUCAUAUCUGAAUUUAUGAUGGUCAACCUCAGAGUAUUGUGUGCUGUGUAUAUGUGUUGGUUUGUCUUGUUUGUUGUGUGUUCCCACUGUGGUGCUAAAGAGAUUUGUUUUUGCAAUGUGUAAUGAUAAUUUGUUGUCUCAGGGGCAGAGGUAGGAAAAGGGAAGAUGUCUGUGGUGCUUAACACUAAUGGAGGGAUAAACACUCUGCAUGGUGCAAGAUACAUGAUCAUCUAGAACGUCAGUAGCUUCUUUACUGUCUUUGAACGUCUUUACUGAUAGGUUGACCGAUGAUGUAAAGGCAAUGUGCAUAAAAUAUACUAGCAAAUUCGUAAAAGACGUAGACAAAAUGGCUGAGAUUAAAUGCAUUUUACAAAGUUUACUCAAAAUUCACAUCAAAUUGGAAAAAAAAGAAAGUCUACUGUCUGUUGAAAAGGUUGUUAGUAGAUAUGGAGAUCAAUUAAACACAUUUUACACAAUAUUUAUUCAAAGAAAAACUGAAAACAGAAAAUGUGGUUAUUUUUAAUAUUAGCUGUUCACUGAAAAAAAAAAAAAAAAAAAAUCUUACUCAGCAUUUUGUCUAGUUUUCCUGUACACAUAUCUAAAAAUCCUAAAAUCAAGAUAAAUUUACUUGAGAAGGAAAAUAACAUAAGAUAUUAAGUUUUGCUUUCUGAAAAUGUAUCAAAAUUAAAGGUUUCACUUUCUUACGAGAAAAACAAUCAAUGCCAAUGGGGUAAAAAUACUCGUUUUUACUUCAAUGCAAAAAAAAAAGGGGGUUCUUAGUAUUUUUGUCUUGAUUUCCAGUACAAAUAUCUAAACAUUCUUAAAUCAAGAUACAUUUACUUGAGAAGCAAAAUCUUGUUUCCUGAGAAAUGUAUUAAAAAUGAGUUUUUGCUGAAAACAAGAAAAUAAAAUCUGUCAGUGCAGUCAGAGAAAACAACUUAAAAAUAUAAAAUAAAUUAAAAUGUUUGUUUUUUCUGACACCAUUGGCAGAUAUUUUUUCUUCUUUCAAGCAAAAAACUCACUUACUUUUGAUCAAUUAAAAAAAAAAAAAAACUUUAUAUGUGACCCUGGACCACAAAACCAGUCAUAAGGGUCUUUUUUUAUGAAUAAAUAAGCCAUUGAUGUAUGGCUUGUUGGGAUAGGACAAUAUUUGGCCGAGAUACAACUAUUUGAAUAUCUGGAAUCUGAGGGUACAAAAAAAUCUAAAUAUUGAGAAAAUCUCCUUUAAAGUUGUCCAAAUGUAGUCCUUAGCAGCGCAUAUCCACUCACAAAAAUACAUUUUUAAUAUAUUUACGGUACAAAAUAUCUUCAUGGAACAUUAUCUUUACUUAAUAUCCAAAUGAUUUUUGCCAUAAAAGAAAAAUCGAUAAUUUUGACCCAUAGAAUGUAUUGUUGGAUAUUGCUACAAAUACACCCAUGCGACUUAUGACUGGUUUUGUGGUCCAGGGUCACAUAUCUUAAAUAAUUUUGCUUCUCAAGUAAAUGCAUCUUGAUUUAAGAAUCUUUAGCUAUUUUACUGGAAAACAAGACAAAAACAUUGAGUUAAGAAAAUAAUGCCCUAGCAACCACUUACUGCACCCUAGCAACCGUAUAACAACAUUAACAAGCCAUAUUUCAGCACCAGAAUAUUGUAGAAACAUGGAGAUGGGCUUUUUUGACUCAGACUGGCAAAAGGUCUUUAAGUAUCAACCUAUAAACUGUAUAAUCACACCCUAGCAACCAUUUAGAGUACCCUAACAACCAUACAAACACACAAAUAAGCCAUAUCUCAGCACCAGAGCAUCGUACAGACAUAGGGGUGGGCUCUUUUGUUUCGGGUGAGAAACCAGUCUGCAAAACAACCAUUUAGAGCACCCUAGCAACCAUAUUGCAACAUAAAGAAGCCAUAUUUCAGCACCAGAACAUUAUACAGACUUAUGGUUUGGCUCUCUUGCAGUUACAUGCAUCACUGUAGCAUCUGCCCAGUGCUGAGUUUUGCCACUGCAAGCACCACUCACAUUUUCUUCAGGAAAUGUACAUUCUAGUUUUUAUUACCCCAUUGGCAGAUAAUUGUUCUUGUUUUAAGCAUAAACUCACUUAAUUUUGAUAAAUUGUUUUCAGAAAACAAGACUUGUCAUGUCAUUUUGCUUCUAAAGUAAUGCUGCCUUCACGUGCUAUCGAAAAUUUGAUAAUUCCCACUUCUGAAAUCGCGAUUACGAGCUCAUCGCAUUCAAGUUUUUGAAAUGGUAGGGCGUUCAUGUGCAAUUUUUUUCCUAGGAAACUCGCAUUUACGAUAAUUCAGAGAUAAAUCUAUAUAGCUAUCUUGAUUUAAGAAUGUUUAGAUAUUUGUAUAUGGAAAAUUAAGCAAACUACAAAAUCUACCAAAUCUGCCAAUGCCAAAGAGUAAAUAAAUAAAUAAAGCCAAAAAAAAUGUUUAUCUAUUGACACGGUUGUUAGAUUUGAAACGACAUUAAGUGGAACAAACAAACUUAAUAAUCUGACAAUCCCAAAAUGGCUAAAUAUUGACCGAUCAAUUGACCUUGUUGCUAUUAUCCUUAACUUCAGUCUUGCCCAUCCUGACCUCUGAACCCUCUUGUGUAUAGUGCAGAGGUGGCUAACCCUGGUAGCCUCAGUCCUGCAGAGUUUAGCUCCAACCCUGAUAAAAACUCACCUGCUUAUAGUUUUCUAGCAACCUUUCAAACCUUGAUUAGCUUGUUCAGGUGUGUUUGAUUAGGGUUGGAGCUGAACUCUGCAGGACUGUGGCUCUCCAGGACCAGGGUUAGCCACCCCUGGUAUAGUGUCUGUGCUACUAAUUUUACAUAGUGUACAGUUAUUCUAAAGUAUGAAUGAUAAUACUAAUCCGUUGCCUGACAGUUGUAUUUGUGAAAAAGUGAUGAGCGAAUUAAAAAAUUCUUUUCUUUUAA